AUGGGGUCGAUAGAGGAGACCUCAUCAGAAGAGAUGAGCUUUAAGGAGAUACCGAUUCUUGAUCUUUCCAAGGCGAGAUCCGAUGAGACGAAGCCCGAGUUCCUCAGAGAACUACGCGAUGCGUUGAUGAAUGUGGGAUUCUUGUACAUCAAGAACACAGGCAUCGAUCAAGAGACGUAUGAUCGAGUAUGUGCGGAGGGCAUCAAGUUCUUUGACCUUUCCGAGGAAGAGAAAUUAGCUAUCGAGAUGAAGAACGCGCCCAGUUUCUUGGGAUACAGCCGUCUUGGAAACGAGGUCACUGCGUUUAAACAGGACUGGAGAGAACAGAUUGAUUUGGGAACACCGCAUCGAUUGCGCGAGGAACGGGAACCUUUGUACUACAACCUGUGGGGGCCAAACAUGUGGCCAAAUGAGAAAUUCUUGCCAGACUUCCGGCGAGUGUAUGAAGACUACAUGGCCAAGAUGAGCGAAGUGAGUAUGUUCUUCACCAGCCUCAUCGCCGAGGCCAUCGGCCUGGAAGCCAACGCCUUCAACCGGUUUUUCGACGAGGACCAGCAACACAAACUCAAAAUCAUCAAGUACCCUGAUGUCGGCGACGGCGUAGGGCAAGGUGUAGGGCCUCACAAGGACUCCAUGUUGAGUUCAUAUCUGUUGCAAGCGACAAACCACAAGGGCUUGCAAGUGCAGAACACACGGGGCGAGUGGAUCGACUGUCCACCCAUCAAGGGCACGCUCGUCGUCGCCAUCGGCCAAGGUCUCGAAGCCGUGACCGGUGGCGUAACAAUGAGCACGACGCACCGCGUCCUCUCCCCACAAGCCGGCACCGGCGCACGCUUCUCCAUCCCCUUCUUCCAAGGCGUCUCCUACGACGCGCAAUUCGAAUCCAUGGACGUCCCCGCGCACGUGCGCAAACUCCGCGAGGAUAUCCUCGCGUCGCAAAACGGGCGCCGCGACGACGUGGAGUUCACGUUCGUCAAGGGGAAAUGGAGCCACCUGGGCGAGGCGACGCUCAUGAACCGCAUCAAGUCACAUCCGGAUGUUGGGGAAAGGUGGUAUCCCGUUCUGCUCAAGCAGAUUCGCGAGGAACAGGCCCAGCAGCAGCAGCAACGACAAGAAGCGAGAGGCGCUGCCGCGAAGGAGCAAGUGGUGGUGGGAGACGGCCAGCCACGGACGCUGCAGCAAUAG